CUGCAACUGGGAUACCCGCCACUUUAAACCCUCUCCUUCCAUUUUUACCAGAAACAUCACUGUAGAUUACUAAUGCUUCCUUUCUCUUCCCCAAUCUAGGGUUUUAAUCUCCGCCGCCUGUUCGAUGGCCGCCGUCUCUCCGGCACCGAGAUUCUCCGUCUCCCAGCUCUCCGCUGCCAAUCCAAAGGUCAAGUCUUUCCCCUCAUCCUUCAUCCACUUCCGCUUUUCCCCUUCCCGCCAUUUUCCCUCCUCUGCAGCCUCCACCGCCGCUCUCUCUUUCCUCCGCAAGACUUUCAAAACCUCGAUUUCGUGCUCCGCGGCUCCUAGCCGCCGCCCGGAAUACAUCCCCAACCGCAUUUCCGACCCUCACUAUGUCCGCGUGUUCGACACCACGCUCCGCGACGGCGAGCAGUCCCCGGGGGCGACCAUGACGUCGAAGCAGAAGCUCGACAUCGCCCGCCAGCUGGCGAAGCUCGGGGUGGAUGUGAUUGAGGCAGGGUUUCCGGCGGCUUCCAAGGACGAUUUCGAGGCAGUCAAGGCUAUUGCCGAGGAGAUUGGCAAUGCGGUGGAUGAGGAUGGUUACGUGCCGGUGAUCUGUGGGCUAUCGAGGUGUAACGAGAAGGAUAUUCGGACGGCGUGGGAUGCGGUGAAGUACGCCAAGCGGCCCAGGAUUCAUACGUUUAUAGCGACUAGUCCGAUUCAUAUGGAGUUUAAGUUGAGGAAGAGUAAAGAGGAGGUGGUGGAGAUUGCCAGGAGUAUGGUGACCUUCGCGAGGAGUUUGGGCUGUGAAGAUGUGGAGUUUAGCCCCGAGGAUGCUGGCAGGUCUGACAGGGAAUUUUUGUAUCAAAUUUUGGAAGAAGUGAUCAAAGCUGGAGCAACGACUCUUAACAUACCAGAUACUGUUGGAAUUAACUUGCCUAGUGAAUUUGGACAACUAAUUGCUGACAUAAAAGCCAAUACACCAGGAAUUGAAAAUGUCAUCAUUUCUACACACUGCCAAAAUGAUCUUGGACUUUCUACUGCUAACACUUUGGCAGGGGCAUUUUCGGGUGCACGACAAGUGGAAGUGACAAUCAAUGGCAUUGGAGAGAGAGCUGGAAAUGCUUCACUGGAGGAGGUUGUAAUGGCCAUAAAAUGUCGCGGAGAGCAUGUGUUAGGAGGUUUGUACACUGGGAUUAACACCAAACAUAUUACUAUGGCAAGCAAGAUGGUGGAAGACUACAGCGGAUUGCAAGUGCAGCCUCACAAGGCAAUUGUUGGAGCUAAUGCUUUUGCUCAUGAAAGUGGGAUACAUCAGGAUGGAAUGUUAAAGCAUAAAGGGACGUAUGAGAUUAUAGCUCCCGAAGAUAUUGGUCUUGAGAGAGCCAAUGAGGCCGGUAUUGUCCUCGGGAAACUUAGUGGGCGCCACGCAUUGAGAGACCGGUUGAAGGAGCUUGGAUAUGAGCUGGAUGAUCAACAGCUAGGCAACAUCUUUUGGCGCUUCAAGGCAGUUGCUGAACAAAAAAAGCGAGUCACCGAUGCAGACCUUAUAGCUUUAGUCUCAGAUGAAGUUUUCCAACCAGAAACUGUUUGGAAACUUCAUGACUUGCAGGUCACUUGUGGAACACUUGGUCUAUCCACUGCCACUGUCAAACUCACUGAUGCUGACGGGGAGGAGCAUAUCGCCUGCGCUGUAGGAACUGGUCCAGUCGAUUCCGCAUACAAAGCAGUUGACCUCAUAGUGAAGGAAGAGGCAACACUGAUGGAGUACUCCAUGAACGCUGUUACAGAAGGGAUCGAUGCAAUUGCAACCACCCGAGUCCUAAUCCGUGGGGAGAACAAGCACACCCCUACCCAUGCAUUGACCGACGAGCCUUUCGAGCGCACAUUCAGUGGUUCCGGGGCUGGAAUGGACAUAGUGGUGUGCAGUGUGAAAGCCUACAUCAGUGCCCUGAACAAGAUGCUAGCAUUCAAGCGACGGGUGCCAGCAAAGGCAGCAUCAUCUUCGCCAGACAGAACCCCGGUUUCGGCUUGACAGAGUUUAGAACUGCUGCUGUACUGCCUCCCUUGCUCUAUUACUUUUGUUGAUAUCUCCUAAAAGGAACUACCUUACUUUUGUGCCUUUGAUCAACUGUUUAUAAUGCUAAGAUCAAAACGUUGUGGGAUUUUUCUUGUUUAUGUUUGUGAUAGCUAUAACUUGCUUAUAAAGAAACAACUUUUCCAUGUGGGAGUGGGAGUGGUUCGGCCUAGAAUAAGAUUGAAUCGCUCAAGUAGUGGAUCAACAAAUAAAGAAAACUACCUUAUUUUGGUAAGAAUUCCUAAAAUCAACGCUUUUGCUUAUGGUUCCAGUGGCUAACCAUGGACGAAGGAAAUGAAGCGUUAACGUAGCUAGCAAGUACUAGUACAAGGCCCGGCUUGAUGGUUAUAUAAUUUGUUUGGUAUGAUGUGUAUUUUGUUUGUCAAUAAUAACACUCACCACAAAAGUAAAUGAACUCGAAUGUCACUUAAUACAACCACUAAAUUCAC